GCCUCUCGUCUCUCCCUCUCUGGGAAGGCGAGCGAGGGAGGGAGAGAGAGAGAGAAUCAGCAACAGCAGAAGAGUGAAGAGCCACAGCCAUCCGGCCCUUCUUACCCCCAAAUGCCCCCCACCCACCCCUGUCACCACCACCACCAUUACCACCAGCCUCAUCUGGAGCUCCAUCAGCGCGCUUCCGUCUCCAUCGUUCUUCUCCGGCUUCGACUCCGCGUCUGAACGGCGUCAAAACCGUUCCGUUCAUACGUCCGUUCGUCCGUCCGCGAGCCCGGUGCAUGCGAGUGCGUGAGCGAGCGUGUGCGAGCGUGCGUGCGUGCGUGUGUUUGUUUUCCUCGAGCUGAAUGACGGGCGGACGCUUCGACUUCGACGAUGGAGGCACGUACUGCGGCGGCUGGGAGGACGGCAAGGCCCACGGCCACGGCAUCUGCACGGGACCCAAGGGCCAGGGCGAGUACUCGGGCUCGUGGGCGAGCGGCUUCGAGGUGUCAGGCGUGUACACGUGGCCCAGCGGCAACACGUACCAGGGCCACUGGGCGCAGGGCAAGCGCCACGGCUUGGGCGUCGAGUCCAAAGGCAGGUGGCUGUACCGCGGGGAGUGGACGCACGGCUUUAAGGGGCGCUACGGGGUCCGCCAGAGCCUCAACACGCCGGCCAGAUACGAGGGCACGUGGAGUAACGGGCUGCAGGACGGGUACGGGGUCGAGACCUACGCCGAUGGGGGUACGUAUCAGGGCCAGUGGAUGGGGGGCAUGCGGCAUGGCUAUGGUGUCCGUCAGAGCGUUCCGUACGGAAUGGCCACGGUGAUCCGCUCUCCACUCCGCACCUCUCUGGCGUCGCUGCGCAGCGAGCAGAGUAACGGCUCUGUCCUUCAUGAGCGGCUGGCAGACAGUCCGGCUGGAACGCGUGGCGGCUUCGUGCUCAACUUCCACAGCGACAGCGAGCUGGGAGGUCCGGCCCGGAAGAAGGGACUGUUCCGACGUGGCUCGCUGUUCGGCAGCCUGAAGCAGCUCCGCAAGUCCGACUCGCGCUCGUCCAUCUCCAGCAAACGCAGCUCGGCCCGCAGCGAUGCCACCAUGAGCCGCAUCAGCUCCAGCGACGCCAACUCCACCAUCAGCUUCGGAGAGGGAGAAGGGGCGGACGAGUACACACCCAUGGAAGACAAUGUGGACGCCACCACCACGGAGUCCUACAUGGGAGAAUGGAAGAAUGACAAGCGCAAUGGCUUCGGGGUCAGCGAGCGGUCCAACGGCAUGAAGUACGAGGGCGAGUGGACCAACAACAAGCGCCACGGCUACGGCUGCACAAUGUUCCCUGACGGCACGCGGGAGGAAGGCAAGUACAAGAACAACGUGCUGGUCCGCGGCAUCAAGAAACAGCUCAUACCCCUCAAAAACACCAAGACCAAGCAGAAGGUGGACCGUGCUGUGGAAGGAGCCAUCAGAGCAGCUGCUAUCGCCAGGACGAAAGUGGAGAUCGCCACCUCGAGGACAGCCCACGCCCGAGCGAAGGCUGAAGCAGCUGACCAGGCUGCGCUGUCCGCCUGCCAAAACUCAGACGUUGCCCGAGCAGUGGCCAGAGAGCUGUCCCCCAACUUCCAUCAGCCAGGGCCUGAUUACAUCAAGCAGAGGUUUUCCAGUGAGCCAAUAGAGAUUAAAGAAGUUCCCGAAGAGAAAAAGGAGAAAUCCCCCUCAGGAAGCCCCCAUUUCUAUCGCAAGGGCACCACGCCCACCCACACGCCCACCCAGAGCCCAGGUCCCACCCCGCCGCCCUCGCCACCACCCGGCAAGAAGAAAUCCUUCUUCAACCGGAGUGCCCCAAAAACUGCCAAAGAGAGCAAAGUGCCCGCAGCUGAGAGCGCGGCGAAACCCGCCGCGAGGACAUCCACCAAACAGGACACGAAGCAGGAAGUGGUUCCUGUCCCACACUCGUCCGCACCCCACAAGCCAACGGCGCCGGUCGCCAACCCCUCGAGCCCCGGAAACGGCGAGCUCCACUCACAGUACCACGGUUACUAUGUGAAGGCCGAAGUUAUGAUCCCACCCGAGGAGCCGGAGGAUGAGGAGCAUCAUGGCACUUCCACCGCACUGGCCAGGAUGCCGCCACCCACCAAGCAGCAGUACACCUCCAUCAGCUCUGGGGGCACCAGCAUCAGAGAGAGCAAGCCAGAACCCAAGCUUAGGAAGCAGGAAUCUCUGAAGCCAAAGAGUCUAGCAGAAACCAAGAAAGCCAGCAUGGAAAUUACCACUGACGUGGUUGAGGAAGAGUCAGGUCCUAACUCAAUCCUGGUGGCACUAGUGAUGCUGAUAAAUAUCGGAUUAGCAAUUAUUUUCGUCCAUUUCCUGACUUGACGCAUCAUCAAACUCAGGCUCGUUGUUGAGAGACGUCGCGCGAAUGUGUGUGCGUGUGAUGGACGGGACAGAUCUCCGGAUUUCGGAGCAGUAACAGGGCAACUGUUCUUGCAGAGGUUUGGUCAGACUGCGAAAGCAUGUGAGAAGGAGGAAAGGAAGGAAGAGCAUCAGAUGGGAAAAGUUGAACCAUCUUCAAACAUUGUUUUUUUUUGUUCUUUGUUUUUAGGGGUUUUGAACUGAGGACGUGGUUAAUUUUUUUUUGUUUGUUUUUUUGUUAUAGGAUAGGGGGGUGUCCCCUUUGCAUCAUAUUUAUAUAAAGUGGCUAUGUAAAUGGCUGUUUUUUUUCUUUUAUGUUUUUAUUCCAUCCAAAAUUGAAGCCAAAAAAAAAAAGUUAUAAAAUAAGAGCCCCCUAUUGGUCUGACUUGCACCAGUGAAGAAUAUCUGUGCUAUUUUUAAGCAUUUAUACAAAGUUCAGCUAAAUUUGUCUGUAUUUUUCUAAAAACCAUAAAACUUAUUUCAGUAAAGUUAUGUUUUGAUGGAAAAAAAGUAUAUGAUUGUAUUGCAUUUGAUAGUAUUGGGUAUUGAGUCGAUUUGAUAUUUUCAGAAUUGAAUCUUAAUGUUUUAAUUUUGGUAUUGACUGUCCCUCAAACCUUUUUUUUUUUCUGAAAU